UCCAUACUGGCUUAUGUUGCAGUGUCAUCCUGUUCCCAAUUGCAAUCACUUUCUAUAUCACCUGGUGGUUCAUUUGUUUUGUUGAUGGAUUCUUUUCUCCCAUCUAUGCUCAACUGGGAUUCAAUAUAUUUGGACUUGGUUUUAUAACGUCCAUAACCUUCAUCUUCUUGGUUGGAGUGUUCAUGUCCUCAUGGCUAGGGGCAUCUGUCCUUAGCCUUGGAGAGUGGUUUAUUAAGAGGAUGCCGUUUGUUCGCCAUAUUUACAAUGCAUCCAAGCAGAUUAGUGCAGCCAUAUCACCUAAUCAGAACACACAAGCAUUCAAGGAAGUUGCAAUUAUAAGACAUCCGCGAAUUGGUGAAUAUGCAAUUGGUUUCAUCACUUCAUCUGUUGUUCUUCAGAGUUAUUCUGCUGAAGAGGAGCUAUGCUGCGUUUAUGUUCCAACCAAUCAUCUGUAUAUUGGAGAUAUAUUUCUGAUCAACUCCAAAGAUGUUAUUAGACCAAACUUAUCGGUCCGAGAAGGAAUUGAAAUUGUCGUCUCUGUUGGCAUGUCAAUGCCACAGGUUCUCUCGACGCAGGACUCAACUACAAUGCAAAAUAGAACCAGAUCAAUGAGAAACUAAGACGCCUAGUCUUGAGCUGUAAAAAAUGCAAUUUAAUUUGGGUCUUAGUGUUUUAUCGGAUAUUUGGUUAGUGCGGAGUUUUCUCUUCUCUUUUUGUUUUCAUCCAAAUUAUGUUGGUUUGAUGGGUCAUACACCCUAAAAUUUGGGCUUCUGCUGAUGCAUAUAUAACUAAUGUAGGCAGAGUAGAUCUAACGAUCUUUGACUUUGAUGUAGAUGAUCAAUUGUGUUGUUUUCUUCUUGUUAAUAUCAGAAGUACAAGCCAUGAUUGUGGUUACACGAAAUUUAAGUAUUCUGGUUCAGUUUUGGAGCCACUUUUGGAAAAGA